AUGCAAGAGACAUCGUUCUGACUCUGAGUUGAACACCUUCUCCCCUACUCCAUGUCGGAUUCCAACGCAACUGACUUCACCAACCCCUCUACCUUCAUCCUUCUGGGCAUUCCUGGGCUAGAGGCAGCCCACGUCUGGAUCUCCAUACCCUUCUGCACCAUGUACACCAUAGCCAUCUUGGAGAACUUCACCAUUCUGUUCAUCGUGAAGACUAAAUCAAGCCUCCAUGUGCCCAUGUACUAUUUCCUCUGCAUGCUAGCCGUCACUGACCUGGUCCUGACUACCUCAACCCUUCCCAAAAUGCUGAGCAUCUUCUGGUUCAAUUCCAGGGAGAUCGAUUUCAGUGCCUGCCUCACCCAGAUGUACUUUAUUCAUUGCUCCUUAGAGAUAGAGUCUGGGAUCCUUGUAGCCAUGGCUUUUGAUCGCUAUGUGGCCAUCUGCGACCCCCUGAGGCAUUCCACCAUCCUGACAAACCCUGUUGUGUCCAAGAUCGGCCUGGCCGUGAUGCUGCGUGGGUGCAUAGUCGUACUGCCCCUUCUGAUCCUGGCGAGGCAAUGGCCAUAUUGCAGAACCAAUAUCAUCCCCCAGCCGUACUGCGCACAUAUAGCCGUGGUGAAUCUGGCCUGUGCCGACACCCGCGUCAGUAGUUACUAUGGUCUCUUUGUGCUAUUCUGUGUGAUGGGUCUGGAUGUGAUUUUUAUCACCGUGUCCUAUAUCCAGAUCCUCAGGGCCGUCUUCAGCCUCCCCACAAAGGAUGUCCAGCUCAAGACUUUUGGGACCUGCAGCUCCCACAUCUUUGUCAUUUUAGCCUUUUACAUCCCAGGUCUCUUCAUCUCCCUAAUGUACCGGUUUGGCCACAAUGUGGCCCUGCAUUUCCACGUUCUCAUUGCCAACGUGUACCUCUUGAUGCCCCCCAUGCUAAACCCCAUCAUCUAUGGGGUGAGGACCAAAGAAAUCCGGGGCAGGCUGCUCCGGCUCUUUACUCAUGAAGAAUCCUAA